AUGAAGCUGCUCGCGCUCACGCUCUUCUCGUACAAGGGCGCCGAGGCGCCGCCGGUCGCGCUGGGCAUGGCCGCGGAGCUGUCCAGCUUUGGCUACUUCCAGCGCGCGUCGGUCCGCGAGAUGCUGCAGUUCACGAGCCGCACCAUCGUGCAGCGCACGGCCCCGGGACAGCGGCAGACGGUGAGGCAGGAGGAUUACUACAUGCACGUCCACGUGCGGGACAGCGGGCUGGCGGCGGUUGCGGUGUGCGACAAGGACUACCCGCCAACAGCAGCGUUCAGCGUGGCGGCCAAGGUCAUGGAGGAGUAUGCCGCGGCCAGCAGCGGCGAGCCCUGGCGCACGGCCGCCGCAGACGACGCCAGCGCGCAGUCGGUGCUCGAGCCGGCGCUGGAGCGGUACCAGGACCCCGUGGCGGCCGACAAGCUGACCAAGAUUCAGCGCGACCUGGAUGAGACAAAGAUCGUGCUGCACCAGACGAUCGACAGCGUCCUGAAGCGCGGCGAGAAGCUGGACAGCCUGGUGGACAAGAGCGCUGACCUCAGCAUGGCCAGCCAGAUGUUCUACAAGCAGGCCCGCAAGACAAACUCCUGCUGCAGGAUGAUGUGA